AUGCCUUCAAAGCGACAGAUACAAUUUGUUGACCGUAAGGGCAUUGUCUACAGCAUUGGGCCACUAGGCAUCAUCAGGUCUAAACGACCAAAAGCCCCUGCCCCAAUUCCAACGCAAAAUAAUCAUCUCUCAUCCGUCUAUUUUCAAGAGCAAGCCCCGAAGGGUACAGAAGACCUCCUCCCAGUGCAUCGCGGUAAGGGAUCGUACGAGGUGCCGGUCGUCCUGUGCGACAGAUCUUACCGCUCACCUUGGAUCAUGCAAGCCUCAUGGGGUGACGAAUAUGAUGACGGUCAGGUCAGCUAUGACCGCCCAAGAGCAAGCGACGCGGACGAGGAUAACGGCUGGGCUGGUGAACAGAACGGUCGCGGAUCGACUCCUCACGACAUGAAAAUGGGCACUGGAGUCAAUCACAAGCAGCAUGAUGAUAGCAAUGCUCCUCCAACGCAACGCAAUCAUUCCGCCAAUUUGCAUCCACGAAGGCAACACGAUGACACUCUCCCCCCUGCUCACCACCGGGUUCGUGGCUCUGCUCCAAUCGACUUCGCGCUCGCCCAUGACAGGACCCCACUGCCACAGAUUACUGCCGCGGGGACCUCCCCUCUUCCGUUCUGCACAGCGGCUCGCAAGUUGCAAACGACGUUGAGGAGGUCUAUUGCCUUCUUCAAGAGAUUCUACAGCGAAUUUCAGCAUGAGACCAGGGCCUUGGGUGCGUAUGCCGACCUCGAGCUCAUCAACCGAGCCUGGCAGAAGAAGAUCCGGAACAGUGAGCAAUACCUUACAUCGAGGAGCAGGGGUCGCGGAGCGAUGGCUGGAACAAAGGAUCAAGGCGGGUCUUCAGGUGAUGAUGCGAACAGCAGCAACAACGAUGGAAACCAGGAUCAGACACCAAGAAAGCCGUCUCCCCGGGACGAGUCGCCAUUCAAUGCCACAGUCCCAGACCUGCGGACCUUUUCAGAACUUCAAAGUGAGGUGAUCGAACGCGUCACCGCUCUCUACCACUCUGAUCUUCCCCAAUCGCGUCUCCGUGCCCCCACCGACAAGCACACCCUAUCCUCCCAUCCAAGUAACCCAUUUGAUUUUUACACCGACAGUGAGGAAAACCAUGGUUCAAGUCCCCAAGACCGCCACAUUCUUGAACAAUGGAACUUGGCAAUAGCCUUGAAGCGGCACGUCCAUGAUUCGUAUGGACAGCUCGUUCGAGUGGUCAGACUCAUGGACAAAGAUUACAUGGCGGUCACUGCGGCGGCACGGGAGUUGGAGAUGUUGAAGAGGGAUCUGGAAAUAUAUCGACGCGGUUGGGAUGAUAAUUACCGAAGCGAACAAGAUUGUAGGGACGACGACCAAGGUCAAGGGAAUAGGAGCUAUACGGAUGCAGAUGAGACUGCAGGAGGGGGUGGCUAUUAG